CAGAAUUCAGCCCCCGAAUCACAUUCUCCUCGAUGCACUGUUGAAUGAGCUCACAAGGAAACUUGAACAUAACUUCGAAAGAAGAUUUGAUUCUUUAUUUCUGGACUGCAUAUAUAUAGCAAGGCCAUCAGAAUGUCAGGAGCCUCAGUAAAGGUGGCUGUCCGGGUGAGGCCCUUCAAUUCUCGAGAGACCAGCAAGGAGUCUAAAUGCAUCAUUCAGAUGCAAGGCAACUCGACCAGUAUUAUUAACCCAAAGAACCCAAAGGAAGCGCCAAAGUCCUUCAGCUUCGACUACUCCUAUUGGUCUCACACCUCGCCUGAAGAUCCCUGUUUUGCAUCUCAAAACCGUGUGUACAAUGACAUUGGAAAGGAAAUGCUCUUACAUGCCUUUGAAGGAUAUAAUGUCUGUAUUUUUGCCUAUGGGCAGACUGGUGCUGGGAAAUCUUAUACAAUGAUGGGUAAACAAGAAGAAAGCCAGGCUGGCAUCAUUCCACAGUUAUGUGAAGAAUUAUUUGAGAAAAUCAAUGACAACUGUAAUGAAGAAAUGUCCUACUCUGUAGAGGUGAGCUACAUGGAAAUUUACUGUGAGAGAGUACGAGAUUUGCUGAAUCCAAAAAACAAGGGUAAUUUGCGAGUGCGUGAACACCCACUUCUUGGACCCUAUGUAGAGGAUCUGUCGAAGUUGGCAGUCACUUCCUACACAGACAUUGCUGACCUCAUGGAUGCUGGGAACAAAGCCAGGACAGUGGCAGCUACCAACAUGAAUGAAACAAGUAGCCGUUCCCACGCUGUGUUUACCAUUGUUUUUACCCAGAAGAAACAUGAUAAUGAGACCAACCUUUCCACUGAGAAGGUCAGUAAAAUCAGCUUGGUGGAUCUAGCCGGAAGCGAACGAGCUGACUCCACUGGUGCCAAAGGGACUCGAUUAAAGGAAGGAGCAAAUAUUAAUAAGUCCCUUACAACUUUGGGCAAAGUCAUUUCCGCCUUGGCUGAGGUGGAUAACUGCACCAGCAAGAGUAAAAAGAAGAAGAAAAGUGAUUUUAUUCCCUACAGGGAUUCUGUACUUACUUGGCUUCUUCGUGAAAAUCUAGGUGGUAAUUCUCGGACUGCAAUGGUUGCUGCUCUGAGCCCAGCAGAUAUCAACUAUGAUGAAACUUUGAGCACAUUGAGAUAUGCAGAUCGUGCAAAACAAAUUAAAUGCAAUGCUGUUAUCAAUGAGGACCCCAAUGCCAAACUGGUUCGAGAAUUAAAGGAGGAGGUAACACGGCUGAAGGACCUUCUUCGUGCUCAGGGCCUGGGAGAUAUUAUUGAUAUUGAUCCAUUGAUCGAUGAUUACUCUGGAAGUGGAGGCAAAUAUCUGAAAGAUUUUCAGAACAAUAAGCAUAGGUACUUGCUUGCCUCUGAGAAUCAACGCCCUGGCCAUUUUUCCACAGCAUCCAUGGGGUCCCUCACUUCAUCCCCAUCUUCCUGCUCACUCAAUAGUCAGGUGGGCUUGGCAUCUGUGACCAGUAUUCAGGAGAGAAUCAUGUCUACACCUGGAGGAGAGGAAGCCAUUGAACGUCUGAAGGAAUCAGAGAAGAUCAUUGCUGAGUUGAAUGAAACCUGGGAAGAGAAGCUUCGUAAAACAGAGGCCAUCAGAAUGGAGAGAGAGGCCUUGUUGGCUGAGAUGGGUGUUGCCAUUCGGGAAGAUGGAGGAACCCUAGGGGUUUUCUCACCUAAAAAGACCCCACAUCUUGUUAACCUCAAUGAAGACCCACUAAUGUCCGAGUGCCUGCUUUAUUACAUCAAAGAUGGAAUUACAAGGGUUGGCCAAGCAGAUGCUGAGCGUCGCCAGGACAUAGUGCUGAGUGGGGCUCACAUUAAAGAAGAGCAUUGUAUCUUUCGAAGUGAGAGAAACAGCAGUGGAGAAGUUAUCGUGACUCUAGAGCCCUGUGAGCGCUCAGAAACCUAUGUAAAUGGCAAGAGGGUGGCCCAGUCUGUUCAGCUGCGUUCAGGAAACCGUAUCAUCAUGGGUAAAAACCAUGUUUUUCGUUUUAACCACCCGGAACAAGCACGAGCUGAGCGGGAGAAGACUCCUUCUGCUGAGACCCCAUCUGAGCCUGUGGACUGGACAUUUGCCCAGAGAGAGCUUCUGGAAAAACAAGGAAUUGAUAUGAAACAGGAGAUGGAGAAAAGGCUACAGGAAAUGGAGAUCUUAUACAAAAAGGAGAAGGAAGAAGCAGAUCUUCUUUUGGAACAGCAGAGACUGGACUAUGAGAGUAAAUUGCAGGCCUUGCAGAAGCAGGUUGAAACCCGAUCCUUAGCUGCAGAAACGACUGAAGAGGAAGAAGAGGAGGAAGAAGUUCCUUGGACACAGCAUGAAUUUGAGUUGGCCCAAUGGGCCUUCCGAAAAUGGAAGUCUCACCAGUUUACUUCGCUAAGGGACUUACUCUGGGGCAAUGCCGUGUACCUAAAGGAGGCCAAUGCCAUCAGUGUGGAACUGAAAAAGAAGGUGCAGUUUCAGUUUGUUCUGCUGACAGACACGCUGUACUCCCCUUUGCCUCCUGAAUUACUUCCCACUGAGAUGGAAAAAACUCAUGAGGACCGGCCUUUCCCUCGUACAGUGGUGGCAGUAGAAGUCCAGGAUCUGAAGAACGGAGCAACACAUUACUGGUCUUUGGAGAAACUCAAGCAGAGGCUGGACUUGAUGCGAGAGAUGUAUGACAGGGCAGGGGAGAUGGCCUCCGCUUCCCAAGAUGAAAGUGAGGCCACUGUGACUGGCAGUGAUCCAUUCUAUGAUCGGUUCCACUGGUUCAAACUUGUUGGGAGCUCCCCCAUUUUCCACGGCUGUGUGAAUGAGCGCCUUGCUGACCGCACACCUUCCCCCACUUUUUCCACGGCUGAUUCCGACAUCACUGAGCUGGCUGACGAGCAGCAGGAUGAGAUGGAGGAUUUUGAUGAUGAGGCAUUCGUGGAUGACGCCGGCUCUGACGCAGGGACGGAGGAGGGAUCAGAUCUCUUCAGUGACGGGCAUGACCCGUUUUACGACCGAUCCCCUUGGUUCAUUUUAGUGGGAAGGGCAUUUGUUUACCUGAGCAAUCUGCUGUAUCCCGUGCCCCUGAUUCACAGGGUAGCUAUUGUCAGUGAGAAGGGUGAAGUGCGGGGAUUUCUGCGUGUGGCUGUACAGGCCAUUGCAGCGGAUGAAGAAGCUCCUGAUUAUGGCUCUGGAAUUCGACAGUCAGGAACAGCUAAAAUAUCUUUUGAUAACGAGUACUUUAAUCAGAGUGACUUUUCUUCUGUUGCAAUGACUCGUUCUGGUCUGUCCUUGGAGGAGCUAAGGAUUGUGGAAGGACAGGGUCAGAGUUCUGAGGUCAUCACUCCUCCAGAAGAAAUCAGUCGAAUGAAUGACUUGGAUUUGAAGUCAAGCACUUUGCUGGAUGGUAAGAUGGUAAUGGAAGGGUUUUCUGAAGAGAUUGGCAACCACCUGAAACUGGGCAGUGCCUUCACUUUCCGAGUAACAGUGUUGCAGGCCAGUGGAAUCCUCCCAGAGUAUGCAGAUAUCUUCUGUCAGUUCAACUUUCUGCAUCGUCAUGACGAAGCAUUCUCCACUGAGCCCCUUAAAAACAAUGGCAGAGGAAGUCCCCUGGGCUUUUAUCAUGUGCAAAAUAUUGCAGUGGAGGUCACAGAAUCGUUUGUGGAUUAUAUCAAAACCAAGCCAAUUGUAUUUGAAGUCUUUGGGCAUUAUCAGCAACACCCACUUCAUCUACAAGGACAGGAGCUUAACAGUCCACCUCAGCCAUCCCGACGGUUCUUCCCUCCACCCAUGCCGCUGUCCAAGCCAGUUCCAGCCACCAAGUUAAACACCAUGAGCAAAACCAGCCUUGGCCAGAGCAUGAGCAAAUAUGACCUCCUUGUUUGGUUUGAAAUCAGUGAACUGGAGCCUACAGGAGAGUAUAUCCCAGCCGUGGUUGAUCAUACAGCAGGCUUUCCCUGCCAGGGGACAUUUUUGCUUCACCAGGGCAUCCAACGGAGGAUCACAGUGACCAUUAUCCAUGAGAAGGGGAGUGAGCUCCAUUGGAAAGAUGUUCGUGAACUGGUGGUAGGCCGGAUUAGGAAUAAGCCUGAGGUGGAUGAAGCUGCAGUUGAUGCCAUCCUCUCCCUCAAUAUUAUUUCUGCCAAGAACCUGAAGUCUUCCCACAACUCUAGCAGGACCUUCUACCGCUUUGAGGCUGUGUGGGACAGCUCUCUGCACAACUCCCUUCUUCUGAACCGAGUGACACCUUAUGGAGAAAAGAUCUACAUGACUUUGUCGGCCUACUUGGAGCUGGAUCAUUGCAUCCAGCCAGCUGUCAUCACCAAGGAUGUAUGCAUGGUCUUCUAUUCUCGAGAUGCCAAAAUCUCGCCACCACGCUCUCUGCGUAGCCUCUUUGGCAGUGGCUACUCAAAGUCACCAGACUCCAACCGAGUCACUGGUAUUUAUGAACUCAGCUUAUGCAAAAUGGCAGACACAGGUAGUCCAGGCAUGCAGAGGAGAAGAAGAAAAAUCUUGGAUACAUCAGUGGCAUAUGUGCGAGGGGAAGAGAACUUAGCAGGCUGGAGGCCCCGGGGAGAUAGCCUCAUCCUAGAGCACCAGUGGGAGCUGGACAAGCUGGAGCUCCUGCAUGAGGUGGAGAAAACCCGCCACUUCCUGCUGCUGCGUGAGAGACUUGGUGACAGCAUCCCGAAAUCCAUGAGCGACUCUUUGUCCCCCAGCCUCAGCAGUGGAACCCUCAGCACCUCCACCAGCAUCUCCUCUCAGAUCUCAACCACCACCUUUGAAAGUGCCAUCACUCCCAGCGAGAGCAGUGGCUAUGACUCAGCAGACAUCGAGAGCCUGGUGGAUCGAGAGAAAGAGCUGGCCACCAAGUGCCUGCAACUUCUCACCCACACUUUCAACAGAGAAUUCAGCCAGGUGCACAGCAGCAUCAGUGACUGUAAGCUGUCUGAUAUCUCUCCAAUUGGCCGAGAUCCCUCUGAGUCCAGUUUCAGCAGUGCUACCCUCACUCCCUCCUCCACCUGCCCCUCUCUGGUAGAAUCUAGAAGCAACUCUUUGGAUCAGAAGACUCCAGAAGCCAAUUCUCGGGCCUCUAGUCCCUGUGCAGAAUUUGAGCAGUUUCAGAUUGUCCCAACUAUGGAAACGCCCUAUUUGGCCCGAGCAGGAAAAAAUGAAUUUCUCAAUCUUGUUCCGGAUAUUGAAGAAAUUAGACCAGGCUCAGUGGUCUCUAAGAAGGGAUACCUGAAUUUCAAGGAGCCACUUUCCAGCAACUGGGCUAAACAUUUUGUCGUGGUCCGUCGCCCUUAUGUCUUCAUCUAUAACAGUGACAAAGACCCAGUGGAGCGUGGAAUCAUUAAUCUGUCCACAGCACAGGUGGAGUACAGUGAGGACCAGCAGGCCAUGGUGAAGACGCCUAACACUUUUGCUGUCUGCACAAAGCACCGUGGAGUCCUCUUGCAAGCUCUCAAUGACAAAGACAUGAAUGACUGGUUGUAUGCCUUCAACCCACUUCUUGCUGGCACAAUACGGUCAAAACUCUCCCGCAGGUGCCCGAGCCAGCCCAAGUACUGAGUGACUGUGCUGAGUGCCCUGGCUCGCCUUCGAGAGAUAAAGAAAGUGUUACCUCUCAUUUCUCUUUGUGAUUCUUGAUGGUGACUCUUGUAUGUAAUCCUGUGGCUUGAUUACUUGCCCUCCUCAUCCAGAAAUUUUCUGGCUCUCCUGUCCCAUCCAGGACUCUCCUCAUCCAGGACUUUCUGGCUCUCCUGUCUCAUUGCUCUGUGCUCUUUUCUUUUUUCCUGUGCUAAGAAUCUUGUUAGUAGCAUGUGGCCUAACAAAAGGAAAAAAGAUAAAAAACACACCCACACACACAAAAAAAACCCCGAGGGGAUCCAGUGAAUCUCCAAGUUAUUUUUGGUAUAUUUUGGCUUCCUUUUGUAUGAUAGGUCCCCAUGUGACCACCUCUGAUGUCUGUGCUGCUGUCUUUGGACACCUUUGUCUGUUGUUUUUCAUGACAACAUAAUUCUUUGUUUUUCUUUCUCUGUGAUGCCACUUUAAUUUUUCUUGGGUGACUUAGAGACUACAGGAGGAUACAUCUGGCCUUUUGAGAACCUGAGAGAAAAAACUUAACCUUUUUUUCCUUUUAUUUCACUUUUUGCCAUGCCUAAUCCCUGCAUUUCCAUUCAAAGAAAAGGUUGUGGUGAACUUAGAAAUGGGACAGUUAUAUUCUCUGAGUCAAAAUCGGGGCUUAUUUAGAAUAUAGUUAUGGAAUUUUCAUCGAUUGGAAGAGAGAAGAGAGGGCUUUUCAUUAGGCCUGGAAUAGUGGCUGCUGUUGACCCUGUGAGAGGUAAAGAACUAUGGAUACUGCCAUGAUACACCUACAGGAUGACAUGGCUUCAAGGGGCCCAGGAUUUGGCAGUGGGCUGUGAGGGCAGCAGUCAGUAGGACGCUUCUAGCUCCUCACAGCAGGACUCCUGGAACGAUUGUUUUCUCUACUGAAAUGAAGGCUCUUCUCUGGGCGUUUCUGAUUCUGUUUUUGGAGUGCAUGAUGAUGGUGCAGUUUGGAAUUAGUGCCCUGUCAUACACAAAUAUCCCACAAGGGGGAGCGUUUUACUUGCUGAUGAUAAACUUGAUAGCCAUUUAUCAUUACUAUAAUUAAGAUAAGGCUGAGUGUGACUUUGUGAUUGUUGUAGCUGCCUUUGAUCAAAGAAAUACAGCUUUCAAGUAUAAGCUGGGAAGUCUCUCCCAGUGGUCGCUUUCAAUGAUGCUCGUCUCCCUGUACUCAUGGCUAAGCAAACAUGGCAGGCUGUGCCUUCUGGAUCCCAGGAUUAAAAGCAACCCACUACCACUGUUCCAAACAAACAAAGCAGACAACACCUGGGAAUAAAGAAGAGCAUCCAGGGAGCCCUGGUCCAGUGGUUUGUUGCUUGUAUUCUCUGGUGUCUCUCUCACCCCACAAUAUGCCCUUCUGGUGUAUAUUCAAAUCCAGCAGGGUCUGUUGAUCCUUAGAGAUGGCUGCCUGGACUGGAAUUAAAUCUAAUUUCAGGAAAAUGAAGAUGGAAUUUGAAGGUCACUUUUAAAUUUCUACACCGGGAAUUUCUGGCGUAGAAAUAUUGCCCGGGGAGGUGGAAGCUCACUGUUGACAGACCAGGGUCAUCUGGCCUCUAGAGACCCCCAUAGAAGAUAAGUCUUUUUCAGCUGCCAGUACGUUCUACAGGAUGACAUGGGGAAAAGAAAGCCUCCAGGUGACUUCAGUUGCUCUGCCAGUUGACUUGAGAUGGUUUUACCCAUCUGUUACUUCCCUUACACAGACCUCCCUGGGUCUCCAUCGCUCAGGCCUUCAGGAAAGUAUCUGCUCACUCCCACCUUGUGAGGACUGAGGGUCCUUGACCUUGAGGUUGUUGACUCUCAGGUGAUAGGCUACUGGAUUACUUUCCACUCCAUGCAGCGAAGGUCAGGGGCUCUCGCACCUCUGCAGAAUAGUUGCUAGGGAGACUCAUCAUCAUUUAUACCCUUUCUGACUCCCUGGUUGGGCUCAUCUCUGAAGAACAGGCCUCCCAACUUCACCUGUGGUUAUUCCUUGCAAAGAAGAGAAAAAAUGAAUCGCAGAGAGCUUAAUAAAGGGAAGGGUGGAAGACACAGACUGUGUCCUUAUCUGAAAAGCGAUCAGUGGAAACUAUGUGGUGGAUUUCUGAAAGCUUUCCUCCUCUCCUUAACACAUAGGUCACUAACUGUAAUGUGAUUUGUUUUCUAAGUGGUAUGUAAGCUUUUUAAUGUAGUUAGAUGUUUCCUGAUUGUCUGACGGACACAAUAUGCCCUUCUGGUGUAUAUUCGAAUCCAGCAGGGUCUGUUGGUGCUUAGAGAUGGCUGCCUGGAUUAGAAUUAAAUCUAAUUUCAGGAAAAUUAAGAUGGAAUUUGAAGGUCACUUUUAACAUGAACCCCCUGAUGUUGCUGCUGUUGUGAAGCGUGACAGAGGAUCCAAGUCUGUGACAGGGAGGCAGGAAGCCUGAGGAGAGCGCAGUCACGCAAUACCUGAAAUGACUUGUUUUUCUUCUAACUCACACAAAACUGGUUUGGAAAGUCUUUGCUUUGAAAGUGUCAGACAUUCGAACAAGCCAAAGUGGAUUGUCUGUUCAUGAUGUGCCCAGGUAGGACCUCUCUAGGAAGCCGAAGGCAGCAGGGUGGCCAUGUCCUGCCAUGGCUGACAUGUAUGGCCACGCCAGCGCUCUCAGGGUGGGUGUUCCCUUUCCAGCAGGGCCCCUGCUGGGAAGCUCUGACCGAGGAUUUAUGGCAAGAACAUUUAUGAGGCUUCCACUGUAGCUGUAGUGGUGGGAAGGUUAAGAAGCCUAAUCCUUACGGAAACUACCCUUUAAUUUAAGGUGACUACUUAUGUAUUUAUUAAAGCAUUCCUUUAAGCAAGCAAAAAAUUUAAAAGGCAAGAAAGAAAACACUAAUGGAAAUUAAGAGAAAUGAGAGCUGGUUAGAAUGAGGCAGCUCCUCCUCCCUCACUCUCCCAUCCCCCUCACUCCUGCCAAGCAAGGCAUGGUCUCACAACCAUCCCCUAACCUAUGGUCAGACCCCCUGUGUCUGUGUGCCGCCUGGGAGUCAGUCAGCUCUCAGGCCAUGACUUUGUGGGGCCAGCCAGCCCAUGCACAAAGCAGAAGCACAGACCAGGGCUGCCCAUGACGACGGGGUGUACCUAGCUCCAGCACAUUCAAUGUGGAGAUGGCGAGGGAAAAUGAAGCGAGUUGUCCCAACUAAGAAACCACUAUUAUUUUAUGUUUUUCCCCUUCAGCUACAUAGAACUUAUACAACUGCUAAUAUUUCUUAUGAAUUUUCAGUUGGUUGAACAUGAAGGAACAAUUAUUGUGAACGGUCUUUUGGGAUCUAAAAACAAGGUGACCUUUCCUGGCACAUAUUUCAAAGCAAAGACUUUGUUGCCUGCUGCUCAUUGUCUCAUUUACAGGGAUAUUUACUUGUGUAAGGUGUAUGUAUAUUUAUGCAACUGUGAUUCAUUGCACAUUGGACUGGAAGAGAAAUAAUUCUCCAGCACGUGGCACUCGGUACUUUCUGCACUCCCUCAUGCUGUGUCUACUCAGGCUCCAGUGGACAGUAUCAGGGCUUGUUUGUUUGACUUGGGUCCUUCAGUUUUUCUUUGGUUCCCUUUUUAAAAUGUGAUUGUUAACCUACUCCUUAAAAAGAAAAGACUAAUUCUGCUGCUGCUCUCAGAAGGUUUGCUGACUGUGUUAAGUAGGACUCUAACUUCUGUGCACUACAGCUGUCUACCAUGGCCGGUGAUUCACCCAGGUGUGUGAGCCAGACCAUGACUGUGUGUAGCAGGAAUGUACUAAUGUGUGCUUCCUUGGUAGAUUGAAAUAUCAGCUGAGAGAUUAUUUGCUAUUGCUGUUCAAAAGGCCAUUUAUGAAAUUAGUAUUUAAGCCCCAUAAAAUCUUGAGAAAGCCUCCAGUCAUUUAAAGGAAGAAACUCAAGUUGGUAUAAAAAGGAUCUUAAAAUCUCAGAGCCAGACGGCUGUGCUCAGAUGGAAAGUCGGAGCUGAGGGUGGUCUCUUGCCAAACCCUGGCUGUUAUGUGUUGUUUUUCAUGUUGAAUUAAUUUGUCUCAUGCUGCAUAUGCUGGCAUUAGUUCACCUGAGGAAUCCAUCAGCCUUCUCGUGUUUAAGGCAUUGUCUUAGACUCUGUGGCUCUAAAGUACCUAUCUGUUGAGAUUUCAAGUCUCUUGUCACCAUCCUCACACACGACAACAAAACCCAUGAUGCAUAAGUGGCCUUUUUGAACCAAGACUUUGCAAACUGAUCUCUCCCCAGUGAAGGAGUUGAGCACAUUAGCAACAAUGUACAUUGUUAAUUUUGGAUUUUCAUUUUCAUGUUUUAUUUUGUAAAUAUUAUCUGAUGUUUGGAGCUUGAGUAUACAAAAUGUAAAUAUAGUUCUUGUAUUUGUACUAAUUCUGAUUCUUUUGCUGUAUAGCCUUAGAUGUGCAAUGCAGACAUUAUCUAGCUGUGUAUGGUAACCUUGCAUCACGGAACUAUUAGUGAACGAGGUCAAAUAAUAAAGGUACAACCAGUGCAACAAAA